AUGGCGGAUGAAGUUUACGGUGAAGUGUCGCCGAUUCCGACGGCGGAGCUGGACAUGCUGAAGAUGAUUCUCACGCCGUACGACGGGAAGAUCGUCAAGCACAUGCCCGAAAGCGAGCGCGCCCUCGUUGUCUUCCCCAACCGAGCGGCGUUGGAAGCGCUGCAAGAGAUCCCGAGCUACACGACUGUCGAAGUGCCCGCUCCAGCAGAAGAGACAGAGGCGCUGCGCACUCCCCGCGCGGAGGAAGAGGAAGGCGCGGAGAGCGAGAAGCCUCAGGAAGACGGCGCACACGACCAAGACGAAGACCUCUUCGACAUAGCCCAGCGAGCCGCGGAAACUGCAAAGCCUGUAGAAGAGCCAACGGUGGAGCGUGCACCUGCACCCGCAGCGGCGGAACCCCGUGCAGCUGUCGAGACUCGCGCGGCCGCCCAUGAGGAGGAAUCUGCCGGCACAGUGAAGAGAAAGCCGCUUCCUGCGAACGAUGUGUUCUAUAUUUUUGGAGACGCAAACAUUGUGGUUCCGACGUGGUGUCUCUUUCUCCUCGCGUACGCCGUCCUCGCGGUCUUCGGGAUCUGCUAA